AUGCGAGCUGAUCAAUUAACUCUAUUGGAUAUUAGGGAUAACAAUUUUUCCGAAAAAGAUUUAUCCAUGUUUAGUCACUUAAUUAAUUUACAAACUUUAUACAUCGGUAACACUAACCAAGAAAAAGUCAAUCAGGACAUUAGCAACACUGAUAUUAAUAGCGGAGUAGAAUCCUUACCAGAUAGCCUUAGAUUAAUUGAGCAUUCCGUAAAAGAAAGACCAGAAAGCAGAGUGAAAGAAAUCUCUUUACAAUUAGUUUUGUUCACUAACAAAGAAAAAGAGAUUGGUCUAACAGUUAAUGAAUAUAGUUUAGCUGAGUACCUUAAAAAAGAAAGAAAACUUGACCCUCAAAAAAUAAAGGAUAAAGAAAAAGGAAUUACUUAUGAAAAAGCUAAAGAAGAUAUUAAAGCCGAUUUCUUACGGGAAAUUACUUAUCACAAACUAUUUAAGGAUGAUUACGAUGGUAUUGGGUUAAAAGAAAUUCAUAAAAAAGGAUUAAUUCAUCGAGAUUUACAUAUUGGUAAUAUAUUGAACCAUGGCAUUGGUCUAACUUACAUUACUGACUUAGGACUAUGUCAGCCAGUUAACGAAGCAGAUAAAGAUAAAAUUUAUGGCGUUCUUCCUUAUGUAGCUCCGGAAGUAUUGCGAAGAAAACCUUACACUAGAGCGGCAGAUAUCUAUUCGUUUGGGAUAGUGGCUUAUGAAAUACUUAGCGGAUUUCCUCCCUACUAUGAAUAUGCACAUGAUGAAUUUUUAGCAACAAAGAUAUGCCAAGGACUCCGCCCUAACUUUACUAUUAAAAUACCUCAAUUAUUGGAAGACUUAAUUAAAAGGUGCUGA